UCACAGGCUCAUCCUGUGGGCACACCUGGUCUUGUGCGAGCCAAUCAGAGCCCCUCCCCUGUCAGGCAGAGGGUAUCCCAGCAGACAUUGCUCCUAGGGAAAGGUCUCAAAGGGUCUGGCCAAGACCAGGUGCUGCUUAGAGCUCAGAUGCUGAUUCUUACGUCUGCUAUGCGACCUGCCUUGUCCUCUUCUUCCUCCUCCUCCUCUUCCUCUCCCCCUUCCUCUAACCCCGCCUCCGCUCAGCUCCAGAGUCUCACCCUGAGGCCACCUCCCCCCGGGGCUCUCACCAUCCCUCCCUCCCUCCGCCUCAAGCCCCCCUCCUCAGCACCGCCUCCCCUCUCUCGCCCCCACGCCCCCCUCUUCCCACCGCUAAGACCGCGACCGCAGCCCAGCACCACAGCAACAGAGAGCCCGACAACGCCCAACCGCCACCUCUCCGUCCCUCCUCCAACUCUUUACUCUCCAGUUCGAGCCGUCCCUCUGAGACCCAGACUUCACUCUCCCAACGGUCACCGAGCGGCGUCGCCAAGGCAAACCUCAUCCCUCCAACCAAUCGCUGCUGCUCCUGCCAGUCACACCUCUCCCAUCAGCCGGCCACUGGCUGGACUAAAGAGCUGUCCGUUAACUCAAACUAUGCUCGGGCCCGGCCAAUCCCAGCACAGCUCAUUAUCUGUGACCAACCCCAUGUCUGUCUCCUCCCAUUUCGAGCGCUCGCCCUCUGCGGCGAGGCAGCUACAAAUCAUCGCCCUCUCUUCGGGCCGCCAGUCGCAAUCUAGCUCGUACACCCACACUGUGCAAUCGGCGCCUCCGGUUGUAGAGUCGCCUGAGCUGUCCAGCCAAUCAAAGAGGACUCUGGGCGGUGAAGAUGUGCUUCCUCUUCCUUUAAACCCCACAAUGCCAAAAACCACCUCUCCUCUGCCCUCGCCUCCGUCCCUCCUGAGUCCAGCAUCCCCUCCGAGUCAGGCCGGUACUCAAACACAAACUCUGACGCAGAAAGGAGAGCCGAAGGAGAGCGAAGAGCAGCGGGAGAGAGGGCGAGGGGUGAGACAAGGAAUCAGAGAUGAAGGGAGUGUCGGUAAGGACCUGAAGGUGGAGAAAGAUGACCAAAGAGAGAAAGUAAAGGAGGAGAAACAGAGGCUUUCAGCUGAGAAGGAAGGAAGCCUCGUCAGUCAGAAGGAACCAGAAGUCGAAACAGUCAGAGAGGAAGAGCAAAUGGAAGUGACAGAGGAAGGUCAGAGUGACAGAGAGAGGGUGGAAAGGGUGGAGGAGAAAAAGAUGGAGGAGGAAGAGGAAGGCGAGACCGCUAUGGACCAGUCUGAGAACCUGAGCACUCAGGUUCUCCCUACCAAUCAGAACGCGGAUCCUACUCCAACGCCCGUUAAAGACUCCAGCGUGGAACCAAAACCCAUCCUGGACCUCAAUUCAGCCUCAGAUCCAGUCCAAACCCCUGCUUCAGUCCCAGUAACAGCACCAGUACCAGCUCCGGUCCCGGAGGUCUCUGUCCAAAGUCAGAGGCUACCAGAGUCUCAUCGGGACCUCCAGCCGGUCAGCCAGGAGGACUUCUGUGAGAACAUGUCAACACAGUCCGACAACCAGUCAGCGUUGUCCAGCCUCUCCUCUCAGUCUCCCCCCUCCUCGCCCUUCAUCACCCCGUCAGCAGAAAACCCUCCUCCCCUCCUCCCUGCUCAGGCCGCCCGGCCGACCGACCUCAACCUAUCGCAGCACGAGACGGAGAAGGUCGACAAAAUGGUCGCAGACGAGUCGCAGCAGCACCGGGCCGCGACCGAGACAGAGCCCCUCGGCCAAUCAGGAGACGAGUCGGAAAGCUUCAGCCAAUCGCUGAGCAGCCCGUGGGAACCGAGGGCGUGGCCUGAGGGGCGACAGGUUCUGACUCACCUGGUGGAAGGAUUUGUCAUCCAGGAGGGGCUCCAGCCGUUUCCUGUGAACCGCUCCUCGCUGCUGGUUCCAGAGCAGGUGACCAAACCACAGGAAGUCAAUGGGACCAAUGGGAAAGCAGCGUUACCUGUGACGGACACAAUAAAACAAGCUGAGCCGUCCACUGACUCUGAGCAGGAGGAGGCCGGAGACACGGACGACCCCGGGAACAGGUCGGCCCACAGGGACAGGACAGUGCUGCACUGCCAGUUCUGCGGGAAGAGAGGCCACGCACACAACUUCAUGCGGUCCAAGCGCUUCUGCUCCACUUCCUGUGCACGCGGGUUUAACGUUCGUCUGACGAAGCGUCUGCGGGCCCUGAGUGCAGGCAGUCGGUCAGAGAGGCCCCGCCCAGCCCUGAACAGGGCAGAGUCCGUUCCUGGGAAACCUCUGUUACUGCGACUGCCUCGUGAUCUCUGGAGUGCCGGGCGGCGAGAGAAGGAGGGGAAGGAGAAGGCAACGGCAGCAGAAGAGGAGGAGGAGGAGGAGGAGGACAUGCGGGGAGGAGGGGAGGAGGAAGAUGAUGAUGCUGGGGAGGAGGAUCCUGCUGUCGCCAUGACAGCCAGGAUGGAGCGUCGGGCGGCGCGGAGAGCGAGGAGGGCGUCUGCGCCCGCCUUGACCACCUCUUCGCCCACGACCACGUUCAAACCCGCCCCCUCCCAGUGGAGCGUGGAGGAAGUGACAUCCUUCAUACACACACUGCCAGGCUGCAGUGACGUGGCGGAGGCUUUCCGGCUGCAGGAGAUCGACGGCCAGGCCCUGCUGCUGCUGACCGAGGAUCACCUGAUGACCAGCAUGAACAUCAAACUGGGGCCGGCUCUCAAGAUCUGCGCCCACAUCAACUCGCUGAAAAACCAGUGAGAGAAAACACAGACAGACGGACAGACAGAGAAAAAAAGAGAAGGUCAGGGCGGGAUGUCGAAGGAAAACAGGCAAUAAAGAUGUGCGAAAACCGAAAAUGGAGGAAGUUUAAAGGAGAGUUUUUGUGGUUUACGGAAAAAACAAAAAAGCUGACACCAAGGAUGACAGAACAAAGUCACAAAAAGAGAUUUGUGGUAAUUUAUGAGAUUAUAAAUCGAGGUGUGGCCUUAGACGGGAACAGAGGAGGUUUUUGCAGAAGCAUGAAGACACCAGAGUCCAGAAGAAAUGUCAUCCAGUUUCGGGCCCUCUGACUGUAGCAGGAGACGGGGGGGAUUUUUGUAACUUUGUGUACAUUUUACAUGCCGCUGGAGAGUGUAAAUUUGAAGCUAUUUCAUGAAGGAUUUUGAACAUUUAAUAUAUAAAAUUUGUCUAUUUAGUUUUUUUAGAACGUGACGUCCAUGACAAAUCUAUCCCGUAGCUAACAUAACCGGUGUGUGUAAAACAAAAAAUAAUAACAAUACGUAGACUUUGUAAGUGAUUAAUGAAAGUUUAAUGUUUUAUAUCACUAUAUUCUGGACAAAAACAUGUCUGUGGAUUAAAAAGAAGUCACUAUCA